ACAGCUAGCAGCUACAUGUGAGCUGUGAGAAUUUUUACUACUUUCGCUCAUCAAUUAAUUGUUCUACGUUUGCGUGAUACAACAAAUUCCAUUAUAUGUGAGAACAUCACGAAUUUUUGGAACUUAAAUCUUCUAAUUUCGCGUGAACAGGUGAUAAGGAAAUUCUUUGUGCUUGAAAGAGGAGAGAUGACUUUGAGGGAGCGUGACAUAUCGCAUUUGUUUAUUAGAAGAAAGGGCGAGGAUGUGUUUGACAGUGACGAAUCGUACGUUUCAUUUGAUGACAGCAGUGAAUCUGACGAUUCCUACCGAAACGCAAUCUUGCGUAUUAAGGAACUGGAGAAAAUUAACAAAGGAUUAGAAAGCCAGAACAAAUCACUGAAAGAACUUGCCGUUGAAAAUGAGGAAACAAUUAAAAAGCUGCUCAAUCGAGUGAAGGAAUGCGACCAGAAGGCGCUAAUUGAGCACAAAAAGCUUUCGAAAUUGGAAGAGGUUGUUUUAAAUCUGCAGACGGAAAGGGAUGAGAUUUUAAUUUCCUCGAGAGAUGAGGUAGAGAGGAAAAACACUGCGCUGGCCUCGCUGCAGACCCAAAAUGUCGCUCUUCAGGACGAAAAGUGCGGACUCACUCAAAAACUCAGAGACUGCCAAGAGGAGUUGCAACACUUACAAGCCAGCUACAAAGCGUGCUUGACGCAAAUCAACGAGUCCGACAAAAUUAUUUGCACGCUCCAAAACGACCAGAACAGCGAGAUCACAGAGUACAAGAGUCGGAUCCAGUAUUUGGAGGAAAAGGUUGCCAAUCUGCAAGCAAAACUGGAAAACUGCGCUCAAAAUUACGACGUUCAGAUGAACGAUCACUUAUCAUAUAUCCUCUCUAAUGGAGUUAUAGCGCAAUGCAUACAAUUUACUGCUUUGUUGAUCUCCAUGUGCGAGAAAUGCGCGCGAAGGCCGCUGAACAGAAAUCAUUCCAGAUCCAACAGUUUCAUUGGCGUGAAGCAGGAAACUGAAAAGAGCUAUUUGGAGAGUCAAAGCAGGCUGUCAGAAGGCAAUUCCCUAGCGAUUGAGCUGAUGCAGGAAAAGAACUGCCAUCACACUCAUUCGUUCAGUGAACCUGUGACAAAGGAAAGGCAAACAUUCCAAAUACAAAAUUUUUCCCUGAGCAGGUUCUUGCUUUUCGCAAUAACAAUGUGCUGCUGGAGUGUGCUUUUUGGGUGUUGUAAUCGUAAGUCUAUUGUAGAGCAUAUUGAAUUUUCACUUUCGAUUGGAAGUUUCUAUGUUGGUCUCACCAGGUAAUAAAUUUUCAUUGUGGUCAUAAGCUG